AUGAUCAGGAGAUGGCUGACGAUAAGUAAGUCGGGAAAGAAGAAGAAGGCUGCCAGCGAUACUAUUACAGAAGAGGUAGAGAAAAAUGAUUUUAAGCCUGUAAACUACGAUAUAAAUGACGAAACUUGUAACAGUGCGUCCUCUGACAAUCCCUCUAGUUCGCUGUUCAUCUCUAAUCUGAAUACCAAAGAGAUUUUUUUCAAUGAAGAUAAUAAUUUGCGGCCCUCCUCCGUACAGGAAUGCAAUUCUGAAACGUGUAACCAUGGCAAUGGCCAUUAUAGCCAGGAUGAGAUUUUCAAUAUGUCGAUGGCAAAGCCUACGAGUACCUGUGGAGGUGGCAUAAUGCAAGCACCCGAACCGCCUAUACUAGCCACAAGCGUAUCCGAGUCAAUGCCUUAUGGAGACGGAUCCAAUAAGGUAUUUGGAUAUGAAAAUUUUGGUAACACAUGUUACUGUAACUCUGUCCUGCAGUGUCUUUAUAAUCUAUCCUCGGUACGUGAAAAUAUUUUACAAUUCCCGGAAAAGCCAAAUGAAUCUACUCAUCCAAGAAAGUAUGAAGUGAAAGGCAAUAAGCCAAGAAUAUUCACCGAAGCUAGUUUCGAAAGAAUCAGUGCAAGCGCUAAUGGACACGUGCCUAAUUCUAAAUCUCAAAGUAUUGAUGAAGGAAAACCCACCCUCGUCAACUCUGCCAACUCUAAUGUAACUGGGCCUUCAGAGAAAAAGAGUAAAUUUUUCAAAAGUUUUGGUGCAAAGCAUCUACAAGAUAACAAUAAAAAUGAAGGAAGCCCUUCAUUAUCAAAUAUUCCAAAACCCUCCUCUAAUUUACAAGACGCUCCCUUGUUGAUAGUGGAAACUCCUAAUGAGCCUGGUGCUCCAAGUAAAUUGAGCUCUGAGAACAUCACAGAGAGACCUCCAGAUAUUCCUUGUAAAAUCAUCGUGGGUAGGGCUCUUAAUUAUGAGAAUUCUUCAAGAGGUAGCAGUAGUAGUAACAAUCUAGAUUCAAGAGCAGAAAGUAAUAGCAGCCUACUUCCACCACUCGACAAAAGAGAUACAAGAAGAUCGAGUUCUUCUUCUCAAAUAUCUCCAGAAUACAGAAAGAAAUCCGCUCUGAUUCGUGGACCAGUGAUUAAUAUUGAUCAUAGUUUAAGUGUAUUCGAUAAAGAUUCUCUCUAUUCAAGUUUAAGGGACAUUUUUGAAUGCAUAACUGAAAACACUUAUUUAACUGGUGUCGUAUCACCUAGCUCGUUCGUUGAUGUGCUUAAAAGAGAAAAUGUUUUAUUUAAUACUUCUAUGCAUCAAGAUGCCCACGAGUUUUUCAAUUUCUUGUUGAAUGAAUUGAGUGAAUAUAUAGAACGUGAGAAUAAAAAAAAAGUAACUGCCAAUAAUAAUGACGAUGAUAACGUCCUGAAUAAAACCACGAAUUUCAUUAGCAACCUAUUCCAAGGCACUUUAACGAAUCAAAUAAAAUGUCUGACGUGUGAUAACGUUACAUCUAGAGAUGAGCCAUUUUUGGAUUUCCCCAUAGAAGUUCAGGGGGAUGAGGAAACAGACAUACAAGCUAUCUUGAAAAGUUAUCAUCAGCGAGAAAUGCUGAAUGGACCGAACAAGUUUUACUGUGAUAAAUGUUGUGGCCUACAAGAAGCUGAGCGAUUAGUUGGCUUGAAGCAAUUACCCGAUACUUUAGCACUACAUUUAAAACGAUUCAAGUAUUCUGAAAAACAGAAUUGUAAUAUUAAACUUUUUAAUGACAUUCACUAUCCUCUAACAUUAAAUGUUUGCUCUUCCAUAAACUCUGAGGUUUGUCAGAAGUAUGAACUAUCUGGAAUCGUCGUACAUAUGGGUGGUGGGCCACAGCAUGGCCAUUAUGUUUCUCUGUGCAAACAUGAAAUAUUCGGCUGGUUGCUGUUUGAUGAUGAAACGGUAGAAGCAGUUAAAGAGGAAGCAGUGUUGGAAUUUACCGGUGAAUCCCCAAACAUGGCCACAGCAUAUGUUCUGUUUUAUAAAACAAAAUAUCCAUGUGCUGCUGAUGAUAAUGGUGGUAGAAAUAUAGCAAAAGAACAAGAGGAGCACAUAGACAACUUGAUUAAAUACGAUGAUUGGUUAAGAACUCGCGAUAAUAAUCAGAAGAAGAAAGUGGAAGAACCUACAGCAGAAGAAAUGGAGACUGUUAUCGAUGAUAGUUUUGCCUCUAAUACACCUGUCAGGUCUAGAAAAAAGUCGAGGAUGUUUAGUUUCAGGAAAAGUUAA